GAGGCAUCUUUAUUAAAUUGUUCAUAGGUUGCUAUGAUUCUUGGUACUCAAAUUCGAGAGAGAGUAAGAGCCAGGGCAAUGGAAGGAGUUGAUCCUACAUCGGAGCCUCCGCCGCUACACCCCGCUAUAGCUCCUCUCUCGUUUCUGCUUGGGAAAUGGCGAGGCCAGGGGGAAGGCGGGUUUCCCACCAUCAACUCUUUCGUCUACGCAGAAGAAUUGCUCUUCAACCACUCCGGCAAGCCAGUGAUAGCGUAUAGCCAGAAAACAUGGAAGCUCAGGCCCGUGCAUGCCGAGAGCGGCUACUGGCGGCCGAAGCCGGAUGGCUCCAUCGAAGUGGUCAUCGCCCAAAGUACCGGCCUAGUCGAGGUCCAGAGGGGUUCAUACGAUGCAGAAAACAAGCUUGUCAUGCUGCAAAGUGAGCUUGUUGGAAAUGCAUCAAAGGUGAAGGAAAUAACCAGGGUCUUCAAGGUCAUGAAUGGCGAACUAUCAUACAUUGUCCAAAUGGCAACAAACCUUACCAGUCUUCAGCCUCAUCUUAAAGCUUUGCUCCAAAAGGUUUGAGAAAUGUAUGGGAACAUCCCCUUUUGUUUUUGGAACACUUUAUUGCAUAGACUUAUGCAUGAAAAAGUAAAUAAUGAAGAUAAUAAACAUUUGAGUGCUAAAAUCUCACCCCAUUCAUUCCAUUA